AUGCAGCAGACUGUGCCGUGGAACCGCCCUUAUCAGCACCCUUGCAUUGCCGCCGUUCUCCGCGCGGUCUUCUUCUCCGGCGCAUCUUCGUACGCCGUUCGCCAUCCUACCAUUUUUGUAUCAACUCGUCCGGAUCGGUUGGAGGAACGAGAGAUUCCCAUCCCCAUGCUUGCUCUUGUGUGCACUGCUAUACAUGUGUCGCUGUCUGAAUGGCGUCAGGGAACUCACAAGACUUCGCCGUUCACUGCGGACGCCUACCUCGACGUUUAUAAUGAGCAUGUGUUGCUCUUGAACGGCAUCAAGGACAACAAUGUGCGCGCUUUCCACACCACUAUGCACCGGCUUUUCGUCUCUGCGAGUGGCAUCAACCCAGUCACCGUCGUCACCGCCGCCACCGCCGAUGCUAUCUCCCACGUCGACUUUGCCGGCAUGGAGGUCGACUAG